AUGCUUGUCCGCCUCCUCGGUGCUGGUACGGCGAAGGUCCGCUUUCCCACGAACCGUCGCCUCGAUCCACGCUCGCUCGCGCUGCUUCGCUCGACUGUCUGGCAGUUUGCUGUGCAUCAACAGACUGACUGUGUCUACCUGCACUCCCUCACUCGCCCUCGACGACCCUCACCUCCCCACUUCAUCGCUAACCGGCUCGGCAUGGGCGAGACGAGCGUAGCGAAGGGCGGCAGCCCGUCGAGUAGCCCACGAGGCGUCUAUCAGCGCCCAGGCGACACCAGCUGGCGCACCUUGACGCUGUCGUCGUCUGCUCCGCACGAGGACGUCUACAACGCCGAAUGGGUCAAAAUGGCCGUCCGACCGCCCGUCAGCCGUGGACGAGGGCACCCGCCUGGAACGGUUUUCGAGUUUGAAGCAUCCAUUUCGCUUUGGAAUCAGCCGAUGGACGUCAAAGCCAGCUUGCAGGGCGUGAGCGAGAUCUACAGACCUUCCGAAGCGACCGAAUCCCACGGCCUGUUCAGCACGACCGACUCGAACGCCGUCGUCCUCGGCAACACCUUCCUCACCGAGUCAUCCGACACCGCCGAACCCGCCAGCCGCUCAUGCCGCUUCGUCCUCAAGCUUCCCGACCGUCUCGAGUGCUCAUGUCCCGCUUCUGAAAGAGCGAGCAUGCCUUCAAGCUGGACGAGCGCCGAAUGCGCAGUGCGGUACUGGGUCGAGAUUACGGGUGAGAAGCUUGUCGAGACGAGACGGUGGAAGGGAAAGGGCAAGGCGAAGAUAGAGCCUUCCGGCCAGGUCUAUCGUCUCCGGCUACCCAUCAUCGUGUCCGCGCCGCCACGGCCCGCGCAACCCUCGCAGCCCGACCUCUCGCCAAAGAUUCGUGACGAGCUGACGCCGGAAAGCGAGUGGGAAACGACGUCGUCCGGACGACACACGAAGUUGCGUACCAAGAACAUGAGCGAGCAGAAAGGGCGGGUCAGCAGCAUUGAGUUCACGCACCGCAUCACGUCGCACGACUUGCUUCACGACACGACCUUCACUCAAUCGCGGUACUACGAGCCGCCCAACCCGUCUCUGCGCUACAAGCUCGUCGUCUCUCUCGGCGUGCAUACCUACCCUGGCGUCCAGCAGAUCCUCAAUGAGCUCAGACAUCGAGCUGAGCACGACGAGUCGGACCAGGCGGCGCUUGCGACGUUCUCUGUCGAGCGCAAGGUUAGGGUCAAGCGCCGAACGGUUCACGCUCACUUCGACCAGCCGCCAUUGAUCACGACCGAACCGUGCCGCGUCUCGUCGAACGGCCACGACUGGGCCGCAACGCUUCGCAAUAUGCGGUACAAGGUCGAGAACGACAUGCGACUCGUAGGACCGCCCGGUGAACGAGGCGCGAGGGCGGAGGAGGUCUUUCUCGUGUUCAAGGGUGAUCUCGUGCUCGAGCGGGACUCGUCUUGGCAAGACGCGACCGCACUAGCACCGCGAGUUCAGAGCUGCAACAUCGAAGUCUGGCACGACGUGAUCGUCUCAUUCCGGCUCUCGCCCGACACUCCGCCCGUCUCGAUGCGCGUACCGGACGUCCGCUUUGAUCUACCUGCCUCGCUCGCGCACCCAGACGACCAUCGCAAGUCCUUCGAGCAGUCUAACUCGCACUCGUCCGUCCAGGUCGACUCGGGCAGAUUCCCGGCGCUCGCUGCGCUGUACGGUGGGACGCGGGCGUCUAGCUCGACUGCAGCCGGCUCGUCAGACUCGCAGCGACCGCGCGAGGACGGUCAACUGCCACCUUACGUACCGCCUGAAGGCGCAGGCCCUACGCUUGUCGACGCCAAGGCUCCGCUCGAGUCGUCGACGUCGCCCUCGACUGCAGCACCGCCUUCCUACGAAGCCGUCGCCUCUACACCCGCCCCCUCGACCUCCGCUCCGCAUCGGACCUCAAUAAUCCGCGGCAUGUUUGGCCGCACCUUCAUCGCGGACCCCUCUCCUGCCUCCUCUUGCCCUCCGCAGAUUCCCGCAUACGGCGCCGCCCCUCCCUCCGCGCUCGAUACCGUCCUCGCGCGGGACGCGCCGCCGAGUUGGGAGGAGACGGUGAGGGAGGAUUUGGCGGAGGAGUGGUUGCCGGCUGCUACGGCUUAUGCGGACGGUGGGGUGGAUCGGUCGAGGGCUAGGAAGUAG